AUGCAAUCUUUGGAGAGUUUUAUAACAUCUCCAUCAUCACUAUUACAUGGAAAACAACAACAAGAGACAUCAAUUGAGUUUCAAAGUUUAGCUGAUCAUCCAAGUCAUCAUCAUAAUCAUCCACAUAACCAUAACCAUCAUAAUCAUCACGAUCAUCAUCACCACCACCAUCCACAUCAUCACCAUCCACAUUACGACCAUCAUCAUCACCAUGAAGAUGAAUUUCCAUAUGAUAAUACACCCAAUGAUCAUGGAGGUAUUGAACUUGGUAAAGGAACUAAUCGAGGAGGAGGAGGAGGAGUAGGAAUUAAUAUACCUCCAAUUCAACAACAACAACAACAAGUACAACAAUCUCACCCAAUUUUCAAUACUGGAAGAAUGAGAACAUCAGGACCAAGAGUAGUACCAGAUGUAGUGUUAACUGAACCACCUCGUCCAACAGGUCUCUUGAUGAGAUUUAUUUUCCUUUUCCAUCCAAUCCUUUUAUUCCUCUUUGUUCUUCCAGGUAUCCUAUCGUUUUGGAUUCUGUUUAUCACUGGUGUCAAUUCAGUCAAACCAUACUUUUAUAUUGUUUUCCUACUCGUACCAUUUAUAUUCCAAAUCAUCUUAUUGAUCUACCAUUCUAGAUCUUGUUUAUUCCUAAGUUAUGGUAGACAAGCUGUUUCAAGAAAGUUUUAUAAUGGUAGUCCAUUGGAUGAUCAAAGAUAUCAAUUGGUUGAUUUACAUACACAUAGUGUUGUAGCAUUAUUGGAUAAAAGCAUUCAAGAUGAGAGAGCAUUCUAUCUCUAUCUACCCAUCUCUAAUCAAGUAUUUAAUAUGACCUAUUAUCAUACUACCUUUAGAAUCAAUCCAAUUGGACAAUGGCAAGUCAUCUUUACUUGGAAGGCUCUUUUAUCAUUCCUUGUAUUUGGUCUAUUGAUCACUGAAUUUAUUCUAUUGAUUGCUCUUAGAUCUUGGUUUGCUGAUUUAUUUCAAUAA